AUGGGACCACCUGUAUCCCUCAACUUCAGGGAAAAGCGGCCUCAUCAUAGCUGGACCCAGGAAGAGCGGUUCCUUCUAUGUUGCAUGAGAAGGUUCUUUGACCUUCACCAUGGCGAGGUCACAAAAAUUUUCAAUGAAAUAUAUCGAAUCAAGAUAUCAGCCGAAGGCUUUCCUCCUGAUGGCCUCAAAAAGUCCACUUUAGUAAUUCAGUGGGAGGACUUAGGACGAAAGCUACAUCAUGACUGGCGUGUGGUCCACGAGCAGGUCUCAUUUAGUGAAGGACCUAGUCGCUUCUCGCACCUCUUUGAAAAGAUCAGAGAGUCCGCUCGCAGAUGUCAUAUUGGGCUUGUAGCGAGAGCACGAGACUUGGACGUGUCUCGAUUCCAAGUCAAGGUUGAAAGAAGACGACAAUUACAGAAACCAGCACAUCCAGUACAACCACCGCCACCACCGAGCCGAUCAAACCUCAUCACGAUUGCAGAUGAACCAACAUCAAUUGAGAGUCAACCAAUAGCUCCUCAGCUAAUCCAACGACCUGAAGAGAAUGUCAAGGCCAGUCAAAUGUCGUCUACGUCUGUACAAAUUGAGCCAGGGGUAAUAACCGACCCAAUCGAGCACAUUCGCUCCUAUGGACUCAACAGGAGGGAAGAGUUUCCGAAGCCGCCCAAACCAGAUCAGAUGCCUUCUCUCCUGUUCCGCUUCUCCAAUGAUGAAAGCGCGGGUAUCAACACACGGUUUGGCUACAUCGCCUACGCGUUCACUGAGAACCUGGCCAAUAUUCCGAAUCCAGCAGAGCGGCUGGAGGAGUUUCCAGCGUGGGUUUGGACUCACGUUAAUAAAAAACGCAUACCCUCGCCUUUCAUCUCAACAUCGAUUGAUCCGCUAAUCCCGAUUCACCGAGCUUUAAGAGCUAACAGAAAUGCUAUUGUAAGUAUUGUUGACCCGGGACAAGUUAAUCCAGAUCAUGUUUUUUACAUGAGAGAUCUCAUGAGGCGUUACUCCAUCAGAACCAUGGGCUAUUACGGGACGAAAGAAUGGAUCAUCUGGGGAUCCAUUUCCCGGAAGGCAAUCCUCACCACGUUCAGAAUCGACGAGCUUUUAGCUUUAGCAAACCAGCACCAAGAUAUAGAAGCCGUGCUACAGCUCGACAAAAUAGCUGCUAGCAAGACUGUUAAAACAAAGCUUCACGACAAACUGUCCGAAAAGAGGUUCGAGAAUGACUUUGUUGUAGGAACGACUAUUGGGAAACUAGUCAAGUUACUUCGAGUUAGAAACGAAUAUGUCAAUGAUGUCGCUCUCGCCCUGAAUGUUUCUUGGUCAUUUGCUUCCUCUAGGAAUACGGAUGAAUAUCUUCGCGGUGUGGAAUCGGGCCAUGAUGCCACUAAGAUGGAAAAUGUUGAGGCGAUAGCACCCAGCACAAAUGAAUCUAGCCAGUCGAGCGAUAACAAUAAUUCUAUCGAGGACUAUGUGAUGGUGGAAAAAUCAUCACCGAAAAACAACACCGAGAAACAUGAAGACCCUGCAACCGAGGCUUCUCGGAUCGUUCGUGAGUCCAUGGAUAGGCUUAGUAUUUUCGAUGACGCCGAUGACAACGUUAUGGUCAUCACAAACACUCCUACCCCUUCUCCAUCGAGUGGAAAGGGCAAGGAAGCCGUGAAAAUUGCUGAGAAACGACCAGCUCUGCAUCAGUUCUCUUCAGAAAGCAAGGUUCGCAAGACCAGUGACGAAACAUUCUCAGCUAGAAACAGAACUGUAGCUACACUCCAUAUCUCUAUGUUUAACCCGGAGUCAGCGUCUUGGUCGCCAGUUCACGCAAGUCCCUCGCCUGAAGUCAACCAUGCACCGUCUGUGAAAGAAGAAAUAGUGCCCUCAAUCGAGAGUAUCCCUUCUAGCGCUCAAGUCCAACGUGUACCUUCCGCGGCGCCGGACGUUCAAAACCCUCGUCAGUCGGAUGCACCCGUCACACCAUCAAAAAUAAAGCAUAGCCCACACUCUAGCAAUGCCAGCGAUUCAACACUUAGAAACGACACGCCCGGUGGUGAUCGUUUCGGCGACGAGCGGACACAUACUAACCGUAUCAUGGACUAUGACUGGUCCGCCUUUUGGGACUCGAUAGGGAGUUCGACGUUUAGUGAGUGA